AUGUCCCAGCUCGUUCCAGAUGGCUUGUAUUUGAUCGAUAAGUCUGCUGCUGGUUUUGAGGGCAGUGCAUGCAUCGCAACAUCUUUUCCACACGGAUCAAAUCGUUUGUGCACAUCUAGCGCUCGCGAGGCAGGAGAGAAUAUGCUUAAAUGGGAAGUGAAGUUCGACAUGGACCAACAGGCUUAUACCUUCAGAAACCCGACCACUGGUCACUUUAUCUCAUUUGAUGGAGAACCAGACACCAACGUUCACUUAUGUGGGCAGGAAACACCACGGCUCUUUACUCUUACUCCAAGUCACGAGGGGAUAAACCGCAUCCAUAUACGUGCCAAAGACUCUGACACUGAUAUUGAUAACUCUCCCCUGAUGAUUUAUCCACCACUGCUAACUUUGCAAGCCACCGAUAGCCCGUUUACAGGAGGUAUAAGAGCCAAUUGGCAAUUCAUACCAAUAACAAUGUAA